AUGAGCCAGAAUGGAUCAGGGGCAAAGAGAGGACACACCGUCCAGCAAGAGGAAUUUAAGGUUGUUAUUGUUGGAGACAAGAGUUGCGGGAAAACCUCACUAAUCACAGUUUACACAAAAGGAGUCUUUCCAGAGGUAUAUGUCCCAUCUGUGUUUGACAAGAGUGUGGUCAACACAAGGUACAGAGGGCAGCAGUUUCGGCUACAUCUCUAUGACACUGCAGGUCAAGAGGAGUAUGAUCGCUUGCGGCCUCUCUCCUACCAGAACGUCAACGCUGUGCUGAUGUGCUAUGAUAUCAUGUGUCCUUCAAGCUUUGAUAAUGUCUUCAUUAAGUGGUACCCUGAGGUGCAGCAUUUUUGUGAUGGAGUGCCCAUCAUCCUUGUCGGGUGUAAAGCAGACCUACGUGAGGACAAAGACCUGAUCAGGAAAAUGUGGUCAUCGGGCCAGAAUGGCGUCACAUAUAUUCAGGGUGAAGAAGCCAGGAGGAAAAUCAAUGGUGUACUCUACUUGGAGUGCUCUGCCAAAUACAAGGAAAAUGUGAAGGAGUUAUUCAGGGAAGCAACAAAACAAGCACUAAUGGCAACAUCAACACCACAAAAAGUGAGACAGAAAGGAGGGGGUGUGUGUACUUUGUUGUGA